UUGAGAUAUUAAAGUCCGUGUACCUAGACAUUUGACAGUAAGCCCGUCAUAGAUUUAUAAUUCACGAGAUUGGAGGGGCUUUGGACUUCUUUCGUGGCCGCACGCUCUUCACAACUUCACAUUGGAUCCGUUACUGGUGCAUUACUGGUAAACUGGCGUCGUGAAAUACAUUUAUUAUUUCACCGGACUCUUUAAAUACGGUAGAUGCUACUGUAAGGACUCGGCAUAAUCCAGGACAAUCUAAAGAUGCAGCAGCAGUUAGUAAUGGAAGAGGGAACGGCCUACGAGCCACCAACUUACGAUGAAACAUUCCCAGAGCUUCCGGGCUCAUGUAACCAUACAACUAUUUCGAAUCAACUACCAGUUAACAACAGCAUGAGAGUUGGUUCGAAAACAGUAACAACUGUUUUCCAUGUACCAUUGGAGGAACGUAAGUUAGAUCAUAGCGAUAAGUUUGGUGAAGGUGAGUCGAUGCGUACAUGUCAAGCAAUAAUGAAAGAGACAAAUGCACGCAUUGAGAUAUCGUCAUCGAAAAGUCAAACUCUUUCGUUUGUAUUGAGUGGUGUACAAAGUCAAGUAUUAGAAGCACGUCGUAGAAUACUUGCGACUUUUCAAACUCAAGCAAGCAAGCAGAUAAGUAUCCCAAAGGAACAUCAUCGUUGGAUUUUAGGUAAACAACGUCAGCGUUUAAAUGAAUUGGAAAAAAAUACAGCCACUAAAAUAAACGUACCAUCUGUAGACGUACAAUCAGAUAUAAUAGUAAUUACAGGUACUAAAGAGGGAAUUGAAAAAGCAGAACAUGAAAUAAAAGUUAUUUCUGAUGAACAAUCAAGGAAAGCAUUUGAGCGUAUUGUCGUUCCUAAAAUUUAUCAUCCAUUUAUUCGUGCUUUUAAAGACAAUACUAUUGGUAUGAAUGCUAAUACCAGUUUGAGAAUAAAUAUACCACCGGCAUCAGUUCAAAAUGAUGAGAUAACAAUUGCAGGUGAGAAAGAAAGUGUUGUUGCAGCCAAGAAAAAAAUAGAAAGCAUCUAUAGAGACGUGGAGCAACGUUACAGCUCUGUGUCCGUUGAAGUGCCAAAAUCUCAGCAUAAAUAUGUUAUGGGACCCCGUAACACAACUAUUACUGAGAUAUUACAAUUAACUGGAGUUAGUGUUGAGAUGCCAAGUCCUGAUUCAUCAACAGGAACAAUAACAUUACGUGGUCCUCAAGAAAAAUUAGGACAAGCUCUGGAUAAAGUUUAUGAAAAAGCUAAUAGUGUACGUACAGCUACUGUUGAAGCUCCGUCCUGGAUCCAUAAAUAUAUUAUCGGUCGUAAGGGUAGUAAUAUUAAAAAAAUAACUGAAGAUUUGCCAAAAGUGAAUGUUGAUUUUGCAGAAAAUGAUAAUAAAAUAAAAAUAGAAGGCCCUCCUGAGGAAGUUGAAAAAGUAAGAGAACAAGUUGAGGCUCAUGCUCAAGAUCUUAUUAAUAAAUUGACAUUUGUUGAACUUAAAGUUGAUCCUAGAUAUUUUAAACAUAUUAUUGGUAAAAAUGGCAGUAAAGUUAAUCGAUUGAAAGAAGAAACAAACGUAUUUAUCAAUAUAUUUGAAAAAGAUGGUCAAAAUAUUAUUCGCAUAGAAGGUAAUCAAGCUGGUGUCACUGAGGCUGAAGCUAAAUUAAUGAAGACUGUUAAUAAAUUAGAAAAUGAAAAGGAGAAGGAUGUUAUCAUUGACCACCGUCAUUAUGCCAGUGUUAUUGGUAAAAAGGGUUUUAAUAUUAAAGAAAUAAGAGAAAAGUUUAAUAAUGUACAAAUAACAAUACCCGGGCCAAAUGAAAAAGAUGAUGUUGUUAAAAUACGUGGUCCUAAAUUAGAUGUUGAUAGGUGCCAUAAAUAUUUGAUGAAAUUGGCUAAAGAACUUGAUGAAAAUAGUUAUUCAAUAGAAGUACCAAUUUACAAGCAAUUUCAUAAAUUUAUCAUUGGUCGUGGUGGGAUGAAUAUACGUAAAAUACGUGAAGAAACUCAAACUAAAAUAGAAUUACCAUCUGAGGGCUCUGCUGAUGAAGUUAUUGUAAUCACAGGUAAAAAGGAAAAUGUUGAAAUGGCACGUGAUAUGAUUAAAAAAAUCCAAAAUGAAAUGAGUAACGUUGUAGAAGAAGAAGUUAUUAUACCUCCAAAAUAUUAUAAUUUUCUUAUUGGCACUGGCGGUAAAAUAAUUCAUUCAAUAAUGGAGGAUUGCGGUGGGGUAACUAUUAAAUUUCCAACUGCAGAAAGUAAAAGUGAUAAGGUUAUAAUACGUGGUGUUAAAGAAGACGUUGAGAAGGCAAAACAACAAUUACUUGAACAGACGAAUGAAAAACAAUUGAUGAGUUUUUCGGACACUGUUCGGGCUAAGACAAUAUAUCACAGAUUUAUAAUUGGUCGUCAAGGAGCAAAUAUUAAAAAAAUAAGAGAAUCAACGGGUGCUCGUGUAGUGUUCCCGACUGACAAAGACGAGGAUCCUGAAAUUAUAACGAUUAUUGGUAAGAAAGAAGCCGUAGAAAAAGCUAAAGCUGAGCUGGAGUCGACAAUUAAAGAAAUUGGAAAUAUUGUUGAAGAUGAAAUAACUAUCGAUCCUAAACAUCACAAAUACUUUGUUGCUCGUCGUGGUGGUGUAUUAGCUCGUAUUGCUGAUGAAUGUGGUGGUUUGCAGAUUUCAUUCCCACGUGCUGGCGUUGACAGCGACCGAGUUAUUUUAAAAGGUUCUAAAGAGUGCAUAGAAGCAGCUCAACAACGUAUGCGAGAAAUUGUUCAUGAAUUGGAAUCAAAAAUUACUAUUGAAUGUAUUAUCCCGCAAGUACAUCACCGAACAGUUAUGGGUUCUAAAGGAAGUAAGGUACAGAUGGUCACAUCUGAAUAUGAUGUACAGAUUAAAUUCCCAGAACGUGAACAAAUAAAUCAUGAUGAACAAUCUCUGCAAGAGCCACAACAUGAACAACAGAUCAAUGGUGAUAAAAAUGAAGAGACUGAAAUGAAUCACAAUCCACCUCCUUGUGAUAUUAUUCGUAUUACUGGACAGCCAGAAAAUGUUGAGAAAGCUAAGAAGGCGUUGUUAGAUCUAGUACCAAUAACUGUCCAAGUUGAUGUACCAUUUGAUCUUCAUCGUCUUAUUAUCGGUAAAUCUGGUCGUGAUGUACGUGUACUCAUGUCUAAGUAUGACGUUCAUAUUAACAUGUCACCUGCUGAUCAAAAGAGAGAUUAUAUUGAAAUUUGCGGUGCUCCUGCAAAUAUUGAAGAGGCUAAACAAGCUAUUUUAGAACGUGUUGAAGACUUAGAAGCUAAACGACAAGAACGAGCACUUAAAUCAUACGAAUUAAAGUUUGAAGUUAGUCCAGAAUUUCAUCCAAAACUAAUUGGCCGUGGUGGUGUAGUUAUUAAAAAAAUUCGUACUGAUUUUGAUGUACAAGUCGAUUUUCCUAAAAAAGGAGAUCCUGAAGAAAAUAUCAUAACUAUCACUGGAUUUGAAAAAAAUACUCAUGAAGCUAAAGAAGAAAUUCUAAAGAUUGUUAAUGGUUUAACUAAAGAAGAAAUCAAAAUCGAUUCUGCUGUCCAUUCACGAUUUAUUGGUGCGCGUGGUAAAAAUAUACGCAGGAUAAUGGAAGAUUAUAAGGUUGAGAUUAAAUUUCCACGAAAAACUGACUCAGAUCCUGAUCUAGUCGUUAUUAUCGGCAGUGAAGAAAAUGUCACUGAUGCACGCGAACAUCUUUUGAAUUUAGAGUAUGAAUAUUUGCAAGAUCUUGAGGAUCGUGAACGUACUAAGUCAAUCCGUGGGGGUAAACAUGAAUCCGACCGACCUCUUGGCAGCAACGAAAGUGAUUCAGGUUUUGUAGUAAAAGGAGGCCCAUGGGAGCAACAACAACUAUCACAGCAGCCAAGAAAUGCUCCAGACACUGCUAGUGUAGCAGACUUUCCGACAUUUGUAGGCCAUGAUUCGAAUCAAGUAUCUGUUGCUACGCCAGAAGGACCUUGGGGUAAACGUCGGGAUGUUCUCGCUAAUUCACUUAAGUAAAUAUCCGUCAAACGACAGUUUAAUUGAGUAUAAUAAAUUUCUUUCACAUAAAUUAAUAUCAAAAGUAUAAAAUGAUGAAAAAAAAAAAAAAAAAAAAAAGAAAGAAAGAAAAAAAAAAAAGAUCAACUUUAAUAUUAAAUUAAAGUUGGUCGUUGCUUCCCUAAUCCAUUGUUGACGCUGCUGCAUUAUAACGACUUAGGCCACUCUCUUGGACUUUGAAACUGGUUUCACCGAUACCGCUAAAUACUAGAAUGUUUUCUCUUAAUUAAAACAACUUUAAUAACAAUUUUUUAUGCCAUAUAUCUGUAACUGCAAUGCAUUAAAUACUCGUAGAUUUUUUAAAAAUUUAAUUCGUUGCUUUUAAAAAUUCUUGUUAAAAAGUAACAAAAAAAUUAUCAUACAAAUUAAUUUAUUAGAUAAAUGAAUAAUGCCUUAUAGAUACAGAUAUAUAGUACUUAAGACUGUGGCUUCAUAGAAAUUUCUAUGUCCUUCUGAACGAUUUGUUUUCUUUUUAUUAAAAUUGUUAUUAUAUUUUUUUUUUAACAAUAGUUUCUCGAAACAAGUUUUAAAUUUUUACUAAAUGAAUUUUAAUACUCGAUGGUUAUUGUCUAUUUAUUUAUAAUUGUAUAUAAAUUUCAGUUUGUUGUUUUUUUUUUUGUAUUUGUUGUCUUUUACUGGAGCAAAUGAUAAAUUGUAAAUUAUUUUUUAAUGCAACGUCAUACAUGGAAUACACUAUAUAAUUUAUAAAAAAAAAAAUAAUUGAAUAAAGAAAAAAAAUUGUAACAAAAAUGUACUAAUUUAAUAUAUAAUAACAAGAUCAGUCUUGUUAGUAUAUUUUAAGAAGUCUUUCCAAUUAAGAUGACAGAUUUCUACAAAUAUUUACAAGAUGGAAAAUAAAAUAUUAAUAAAUAAUAAAAAACAAAAAAAAAAGAUUAGUAUAUUAAUGAUGUGUAGAUCUAGCGCGGAAAUCGUGUAUCAUUUAAUAAAACAUAAAUUAAGGCAAGGGUGCAAAAAAUAUACAGCAAAAUUAAGGUAGAAAUUAAUCAAUUUCUGAAUUGUUUCGCCGUAAUUGAUUCAAUUGAUUAUGAAAUCAUGAUUUUGCGUAAUAAAUUUUUUAUCAAUUGUUUUUUCUACGAAUUAAACUCGUGCAUAUAUAUCCGUAUGAAGCCAAUUAAGUGAUAAGAUAUAAAUGAAGAAAAUAAAACAAUGAAAAAAAAAUAAAUAUAAUGAACCACGAAAAAUAAAAAAAA